AUGGCGCUGGCCUUCGGCUGCCCCCCGGGUGGCGGCGGCGGCGGCGGCCCGGGCGCCGGGGGCGCGGGCGGCGGCGGCGGCGCGGGCCUGAAGGGGCUCAACGUGCGCUUCCGCUGCUUUCUGGCCAAGGUGCACGAGCUGGAGCGGCGCAACCGGCUGCUGGAGAAGCAGCUGGAGCAGCAGCAGAGCGAGCGCGAGCGCCGGCUGCGCUACAAGACCUUCUCCCGCGAGCAGGCGGUGCAGACGGGCCCCGAGCUCGCUCUGGCCCUGGCCCGCGCCGCCGGUCCGCACCCCCCGCAGCAGCAGCCGCCGCCGCCACCGCAGCUCGGCGCCAACGGCAACGUGCCCCCGGGCGCCUGCGGCUCGCACCCGCAGCACUACAGCCGCCUGCCCGGCACCAUCUGGAGCUACACGCAGGUCCGGCGCACGGGCGGCGGCGGCGUGGAGACCGUGCAGGGCCCCGGCGUGUCCUGGGUGCACCCCGACGGCGUGGGCGUGCAGAUCGACACCAUCACCCCCGAGAUCCGGGCCCUCUACAACGUGCUGGCCAAGGUGAAGCGGGAGCGGGACGAGUACAAGAAGAAGUGGGAGGAGGAGCUGGCCAAGCGCAUGAACCUGGAGACCAUGGUGGAGACACUUCAGGAGGCGGCCCAGGAGGCUGAGGCCAUCCAGGAGGAGAUGAAUGAGAAGAUUGAGCGGCUGAAGGCUGAGCUGGUGGUGUUUAAGGGGCUGAUGAGUGAUCCCAUGACAGACCUGGACACAAAGAUUCAAGAGAAGGCCAUGAAGGUGGACAUGGAUAUCUGCCGGCGAAUCGAUAUCACGGCCAAGCUGUGCGAUGUCGCACAGCAGCGGAACUCGGAAGACGUGUCCAAGAUCUUUCAGGUAGCAUCCAAGAAGAAGGACCGUAAGGUAACCACAGAGGAUGACAUUUCUGAGCAGGAUGGGGAGGUCACCAGGCUGUCAGAUGAUGAGGUCAGCUCCAUGAACAUCACGGAUGAAAUGAAGCGAAUGUUCAACCAACUAAGAGAGACUUUUGACUUUGAUGAUGAUUGCGACAGUCUGACUUGGGAAGAGAAUGAGGACACCUUGCUGCUCUGGGAGGACUUUACCAACUGCAACCCAUCCAUUGACCUGCAGGGAGAGCAAGAAGAAAAUUUGGGCAACUUGAUUCAUGAAACCGAAUCCUUCUUCAAGACGAGAGACAAGGAGUACCAGGAGACAAUAGGCCAGAUUGAGUUGGAACUCGCUACGGCCAAGAGCGACAUGAACCGUCACUUGCACGAGUACAUGGAGAUGUGUAGCAUGAAGAGGGGCCUGGAUGUCCAGAUGGAGACGUGCCGCCGACUCAUCAAGGGCUCUGCAGACAGGAACUCGCCGUCCCCCAGCUCCAUGGCCAGCAGUGACUCAGGAAGCACAGAUGAAAUCCAGGAUGAGUUUGAGAGAGACCCUGAUGUGGAGCCAAUGGUCAGCUGAUGAACCUCGGGGAGGGUGCCUGGAGAGGGGGGGGGGGACGAGGGAGCCAGCACUGACCGCGCCCUGGAGGACUUCCGCCACUCUCCCUCCCCCAUCCCCCAUCCCAGGGCUUCUGCGGACCGCUGCUUCCCACCGCCCGCCCACCGCCCGCCACCCACCUCCUCCUCCUCCAUCCACUCGCCCACCACCCCCACCCCAGGAUUGGUGCUGUCAAUUUCUAUUCUACACUACAAAUGCGAACUCUGUCCGGAGAUACGGUGUUAAUUGUGCCUUUCCCCUUAAGCUGAGCCGCUUAAAGAACUCUUCCAAGCUGGGUUUUUUAUAUACAAUUACCAGACAGGGGCAGAGGCCCCUGGGUGGCAUAGAUGGCAUUUUGUACCCUCCCACCUGCUGCACUGAUUGGCAGUACUCCUUGCCUGCUCUGCCCUGUCCUGCCCCACUGGCCCCUGACCACUCCAGGGGGAGGGGUGGGGGCCUUUGGCUCCCAAAUCCCCUGCAGAGGAAGGGGUGGAGGGAAUCUCCCAGAUAUUUGCCACGGAAGAAAGGAUCUGUGCUGCCAAUGCUUUGGGGAAGGAGGAAGAGCGGGGAAAAUGCCCCCACCCCUGUAUUUUUUUCUUAUCCCAAGUAACAAAAAGACAAGGCAUGGGGGGAGGGGGGAAGGGAAAGAUUGACACUGUG